AUGGAUGUCGACACCCUAAAGGCGGGCGAUGAGCCCUACAUGCAGUUCGACAAGCUGCAUUUUCGAAAUUAUAUGCCAGGCGAGAUCAAGAAAUUGAGCAUCCUGCACGUCACUGCCCUGAAGACUUUCGAUAAGAUUGGCCAACCCGUGCCCGAUGGCCUCUACGACAGCCGCAUGGGCCCCAACGAGCGCUUCGACGCCUGUGCGACCUGUGGCCUCGGAGAAUUACAUUGCCCCGGUCACGUUGGACAUAUCGAAUUGACGGUGCCCGUCUUCAACCCGCUGCUUUUCAACUUUCUUCUGAAGUUGAUGAAAGGCACUUGCAUUCAUUGCCACUCGCUCUACCUCGAUUCUACUGGCGAAAAGGCGCACAUGUAUAUGGCUACGAUUCGAUGCCUAGAAUUGAAUCGGCCGGACAUCAUUGGCGAGUUGCCUUGGGAGUUCGAGAGUUUGAUCGGUCGGAUGAGAGAUGUCGCUACCGACGCGGAAAUGGACCGCGUGCUCGACGACUAUAUCGAGAAAUGUGCCGGUGUUCCGAUUGGAAAAUUGAUCGCCGAUUCCGCCAACGUGAAGCCCCAUCGAACAAUCGUCGACCUGCGCUAUCGCUAUCAAACCGAAUUCCAGCAACUGAUCUUCAAACGUACGAAGUGUCCGCGUUGUAAGGGCAACAAUGGGACCAUAUUUAACGACGAGAACCGCUGCCUGAUCUUCGAUUUUGGGGGCAAUAAGUAUCAAGAGGAUGAUGACGACAAAACUGCGGCCGCAGAGGACCAAGAAGGGGAAGAUAAUGAGAAGGAGAACCCCGAGAUUAAAAGAAUCAGGGAAGGAAACGUCAUCUCUGGAAACGUAUCGGUCACUGGCGCGGAAGCCCUGGCCCUGCAACUCAAGUCUAUCACCAAUGGCACCUGUAGGAAGUUGGCCUGGAGAGGCGCUGAGGUCCGUGAGCAUUUCCGCCUCGUCUGGAAGAACUGUUCGCGGUUGCUGAGGAAAUGCUUCCCGAUGUUAGAUGGCAUCGAUGACGCCUGCCCGCUCGACGGACUGUUCUCCGAGUUCAUCUUGGUGCCGCCAAACAAGUUCCGUCCUAUUCGGAUGAUGGCUGGUGAUAGAUACGAACACCCGGCAACCGUCAGCUUGCGCGCUCUAAUGGAGGCCAAUGAGGGGAUGAAGGUGUCCGUCUUGCUCGCUGACUGCACCGAUCGCGAAAAGAAGGCCGAGCUGGUCGAAUACGCCAGAAGGGUAAGCAUCGUAAUGUGGACUUGGGUGCUUUGGUCUGCGAAAAAUCGACAAGAAUCC